UGUAAGAACAAUGUCAUAAAAAUUGUCAAAUCUCGAUCAAACAAAAUACAACACCGUAUUACGUAUUUACGUAAAAAAAUAAUUUUAUUCCGUAAUGAUUUGGAGUCGAAGUCCAUUAUCGCAUUAUCACUUGGUAUAAUGAAGCAAUAGAUAACGGACAGUUAUAAAAUGGAGAGCGUUACAAAUUUUUCUGUAUCGCUUAUAAAAGGUUUCAUAGACAGCUUACGUGGCGUGACUGUGCUUUUAUACCUUGACAAAGAAAUAAAUGAGCGAGCUUUAAGCAGGUCACCACAAAUAGACUCCGAAAACAGCAAAAACAAACUAAAGCAAACAAAAAUUAAACAGGAAUCAAAAGUACUUACAAGGGUAUUACAAUCAUGUAUAUUAAAUGGUUUUAUAUUUUUACUGAGUAUACUUGUGUUUGAGUACGCCCUGUUACCUGCGGUGAAGUACUUAGUGUUGGCUGUAUUCGGCCAUGAUCCUGGAGUAGCGCACAACGUCUGGGGCUGGAUGCAACCAUUCCUCUCUAUGACAUUUAGAAUGAUAUGGGUGCUACCAUUGUUUCUCCUGAGCAAGCUAGUAAAUGCCCUUUGGUUUCAAGACAUAGCAGAUUCAGCAUACAGACACCGGCGAGGGCGGCCACAGUUCAUGUCCAGCGUCAGCAAGAUUAUUGCUGACUCACUGUUCAGUCUACUUGUACAAGCUCUGUUUCUAGUUCAGAGUAUGUUAGUCAGUAUGUUACCGAUCACAUAUAUCGGUGAACUUCUAUGCUUAGUACAUAUGUGCCUACUCUACUCUUUAUAUUCAUUUGAGUAUAAAUGGUUCAACAUGGGCUGGGAGUUGCACAAACGUUUGACCUUCAUCGAGUCCAAUUGGCCGUACUUCCUAGGGUUUGGUUUGCCGUUGGCAGUGCUCACGCAGAUCCCUCAUUCGUAUAUUAUUAGUGGUUGUGUUUUCUCCAUUUUCUUUCCUGUGUUCAUUUUGAGCGGGAACGAAGCUACCCCAGUCAUAGGAAGUGAAUAUCCACUGAGACUGUUCUCUCCAGUCGUAGCGAUAUCCAAUGGAAUGUUCCGCAUCGUGCGAAACACUGCGGAGAUUGAACGCACUGCUGUUGAUAGAAACAGCUGAUAGAGUGGCAGUUUGUAGUGCGAGGUGGAAGGGGAGGGGACAUCAAACAACACUCAUGUACUAGAUACUAAUGGUAAAUAAUGGUAGCUUUGUAACAUUCAAUAUAAGCCUGUUAUAAAUAAGGCUCUCAUAUCUCAGUAUGAAUUUUGUAUAAAAUUGUACAUUUGUGUAUGAAAAGGGGAGAAAAACUGAAAGCUCAUAAAUGGCGCUAGCAUUAAGAGUGGGCUGUCUUUUGUCAAAGAUUAUU